UCGUGGUUGUGGGUCUGUCGUUGGUUCUAGCAAUUCCUCUUUACCUCUGGUCUUUUCUGGUCUGGACUUGUGGUGUCGUAAGAUGGUAUCGUUUUUAAGUUCAUCCAUGAAAAAAGUAUAAAAUUGAUAAGACUACAACGAAUCGUGGUGGGCGAGGUUCAAUAAUUAUUUACUUAUCAAUUUUUUAUCGUCACUGGAGGUGACAGGAAAAUUACACUCAGAGGUGGGAUCGACCUCGGAUACAUUAUACGUUUGUCAGUUUCUCUCACUCUUUAUCCCUCAUUUCAAUUCAACUGUAAAUCCAAAUGUCAAACAUGGCACAUGAUGGUGCGAGCUGUUGGGACAGUCUACCCAGUGUUAUUAUGCUGGAAAUAUUUUCCUAUCUCAAACACAAAGACAGAAUUAAUGCCUCUGGUGUUUGUAAAAAUUGGCGACAGGCACUCUUUCAUCCUAGCUUCUGGAAGGAUAUUACUUUUAUUUAUGAGGACUCUAUGAGUAUACCAUGGGCAAGACACUUGGCAGACUGCUUCGCCCUGAGCGUUCAAAACGCGACAAUCAGAUGUCAAACCCCGCACUGGAGUCCAGAACUGGAGUCCCUGUUGCGUAAUUUCCAGGACAACCGUAACCUGAAGAAACUGAUAAUCGAGCCGACAUCCUCCACCUUCGAAUGGACGACAAACCUAAACGAUUCUUGUAUAUGGACCGAGAGAAUCUACAAAUCCCUCCUAAAGAUAAUAUCGACAACUAAACAACUGAAGGUGCUGACUCUAGGCUGCAACGAGGACCUGUCAGUUCGUUCACGAGAGCUCAUCGACACCCUGAUCCUCCACCACGGAAAGCAGCUGACCCACCUGGGACUGGCCUCCGUGAAAGAGGACCCAGAGAACUACGAGUCUAUCCACUUGAAUCCAAUAAUCUUCCGGCAGUUCGAGUCCCUGGUAGUCCUCACCUUGGAUUACGAGCACCUAAACAACAUACUCCUCGAUUCCCUGACGUCUGGCACCCUCGAGAGACUAGUCGUCCACAUUCACGAUUGGCAAUACGAUCAUCCAGGCACCUCCAACGAAUCCUGGCAGCGUUUCACCCUCAAUAACAAACGGUGUGGCCUUCGUCUGAAUCUCCUCCACGCAUACGUCGGUGUGACAAUCCUCCACUCUAAUAUCCUCCAACCUGCGAUGCCCUUGACCCACCUCAGGGCCCUAUUCUGCGAGUCUGUUAACCUCAGGGCCCUUUUCAAGCUCUCCUCUUGGUAUUCCUCGAGCCUGAAAUCCCUCGUUUGGAUCGACUCGAUGGAUCAUGACGAGUUGGAACCACCGACAGACGAUUAUUCAGUGGCUGACAGCGCUGAUGCUCUAGUUCUCAUUGCCUGGAGGUGUCUCAAUCUCGUUGAAAUGGUGUACAUUGGCCAUAAGUAUUAUCAAGAGAAUCUACUGGCUAUCGCCAGACUGAGGGGACAUGUCCUGAGGAGAUUUGAAUUUGCGGAGAGCAAUAUCAUCAGUGAAGAUGAGUUUGAGUUUGAAAAAACCAAGAGUGAGAUUAAUGAAAUUCUUGGAGUCAAUUGGAAACCUUUUACUGAUGCUGAAUUAACUCCUGUACUGAUUGAUGCAGUCUCUGGAGACAGUAGAGAUGUUAUUAUGCCACUGGUACUGGAGGAUGCAAAAUAAUUAUUCGUUGAAAACAGAGUAAAUAGAGCAGAUAAGUCCCAUCAUCCAUUAAGUCAUCAUUAAUCAAUGAAUGAAUCAAUCAAAAACAACUCCUUUUACUAGAUGCAUUUACGGAUGGCUUGAUUUGUGAUAUCUCGGAGGAGAUAAGGAGAAGCUAGAGAAUAAUAAACGUUUGUAGAAAUGAUGGAGGUAUGACGAAUGGAUUAGAAUCCAGAGUGACCAAGACCAAACAGGGUCGAUAUUUAAUUGAAUAAAUUAAAGUAAUUAGUACGUGUGAACUGUUUGUGAGACUGAGGAGAAAUCACAAGUGGAGAGAAUCGUUUGAGUACAUCAUGAUCUUCCAAAAAAGAUUCAAGACGAGAGGACGACGAUUCCACAACUUAGGUAAAUGAAAGAAAUUAAUUAAAAUAAUGACAACCCGUUUUCCAACUGUGGAAUAUUAGAUUAAUCAACGUAAAUCAAGUGAAAAUGUAAUGAAAGCCUAAAACAUGUCGGGGCAUGGAGAAAUACAUUCUUAAUGUCACGUAGAUCGUGACUACGAUGACAAAGGCAGCACCGAGGUUAUUUUUAAUACGACAACCAAUCGGGCGCACACAAUUUAGAAAAAAAAAAACAAAAUGAGAAGUUGAUUAAUUAAUUGAUUAAUUAUUAAAACGUUAAUGGAGCAAUUUUUUUUUUAUGAGGAAAAUUAGGAGAACUCUAAUCGUAUUUGACUGUUUAGUUUAUUGUCAGUUUCACGUGGAUAUCUAUUUUUCAAAAAGUAAAAAGAUUAGGGAAAUAGUUUGCUAGUCCUAUUAAGUCAGUCAUGAGUGGUUUAUUAUUCAGCGCACACGCAUGAGAAUGUUUUUUCAACGGAUUUUGAGGAUUUGAGGAGAGGGAAUGGUUCAAUGAGACGAUUUCAUCGGGGAGUAGUUCGUAGUGAUGAGAGUAAAACGAAAUAAAUAUCGGUUUUGAUUUAAAGUUUAUCUUCGAAAGUGAUCGAUCUCAAGAUGUUUGAGACAAUAGAUUGAAUUUGGGAAACUUUACAAUUGUUUUGGACUCAUUUUCAGAAUAUUUUGUUCUCAUAAAUGAAUAUCUUCGAAAUUAAUCAUUUCUCUGAGAUGCACGCAGUAUGUCUUGCCAUUUUUUUAAAUAAAUCAUUUCGUUUUGAAAAUUAUUCGGAUUGUAACGCGACCAAAUUCUCGUGAAUCGAACAUCAGAAGAAUCUUGAGAGAAUUUUCAACGAGAGGAUGACAAAUUUUUUUGCAAUCUAGAAUUAUAUAAUUAAUUAGAGUAAUUGGAGAAAUAUUUAUAGAAAUAUUCAGUCGUUUUUGUAUUUUGGUUUCUUCUCCUCUCGUUUUUUUAGAGCUGAGUAAAUAGAUAAAAAAAAAUUUUUAAUCAUUUUCGUUGAUAUUUUAAAAUGAAAAUUCUCUCCUUUUUUAUAAUUUUUAUCUGUUUGAGGAUAUAGUGCGUGAAUAAUAAAGGGGAAUAAGCAUGUGUGUGUGUGCUUUUAAUGUGGGAAAAAUCGAUGAGAUAUUGAGGAUGGGAUUAAAUUAAUUUGUGAAGCGGCAAAAUGAAAAAUAAUGACGAUGAAAAAACAAACGUUAGAACGGGCCUUAACAUGUACCUGAGUUGAGUGAAAAUCAUUCGACCAAAAAUAUCGAGAGAGUGUGAAGAUGAGGGAUAAACGAGAAUAAAUUAAACAAGAAUAUCGACGCCCGUUUAAUGAGUUAACUCAAAGAACUAGUUUGUAGAUCAAUGAAAAAAAAAACUUUAAGACAAAAAAAAAAUGCAAGACGUGAGAGAUUUAAGAAACAUAAGCGCCAAUGAUCUUUCGUAUUAAAAUUAAAUUCCUUAGGAUGGAGUGAAAACGAGGAAAAUUAAACUGCAAACUGAUAGACAAGUAGUAAAUGACCGAGAAUGAGGCAGUCCAACAAUUUUAUACAAAUUAUUUAGCAAAUAUCACCGAAAUUUGUGGAUCUAGAUCGACAAUUUUCACGGUAUUUACCAGAUAAUCUCGCAGAUCUAUUUUAAAAUGGUCUCUAUCGACAACUGAAAUGUUUUCUGUUCAAAUAUCGACGAGUGGUCGAAGAUACUCCGACAAAAUAAACUCUCAAACUUGAAUAAAAAAUCGUGAGACAAUGUGCAAAUGCAAAUGUGUGCCGUAAUAUCCAUGCGUAAUAGUCGAAAAAAUAAAAACUAAAAAUAAUAAAAACAUAAAAAUAAAAAACAGAAUAUUUAAAAUACAAAGUGAUAUCCGUGAUUGUCGUCUCUCGGAGGAUUAUGCAAGGCCUCUUGUACAAAGAUUAAUGAAAUAACAAUUGAGGAAUGUAUGUGGCACCACAGCAUGGGCACAA